CAACCGACCGAAACGAAAGAAAGCAAGCUGAAAGAACGCUAAAAUCUUUAACCUUUUCUUCCCGCUUUCUCCCUCUUUCGUAUCUUCAGGGAGAUUUGCUUCUUCCAUCUUUGUUUCAGUGCUCCUUUUCUUGGGGUUUAUGUGUGUUCUCGAAGCCCCACGUGGGUCUUGUAUGGCGUCUCUUCUUGGAGUUCCCAUGGACGGCGAAGCCCUGGAUUCUGACGGUGAAGCAGAACAAAUCGAUGAAGGGUUUACUUGCUGUAUCUGCUUGGAUCUCCUCUACAAGCCAAUUGUACUUGCAUGUGGCCACAUUGCUUGUUUCUGGUGUGUUCAUAGAGCCAUGAACAGUAUGUCGGGAUCCCAUUGUCCAAUAUGUAGGUGCUUGUAUAAUCAUUUCCCUAGUAUCUGCCAAUUGCUUCAUUUCUUGCUCCUGAAGAUGUACCCCGUUGCCUAUAAAAGAAGGGAAAAACAAGUUCUAGAGGAAGAAAAAACACAGGAUUGCUUCUCACCUCACAUUGAUGAUCAUUUGUCUGGACAAGAAUUAAAUCUCCUUGGGUGUACUGCACAUUCUUCCGCCAUGGGUUCUCAGAUCAUCUUUUCUAUGGACACUUGCUCAGCAGGGAAAAUGAAUUCUUCUGCCACUGCAGUGCCAUCAGAGCUUGAUACAUCAUUUCAUGAUACUUCUAUUAUUAUUCCUAAAGAAGGUUUUGCAGACAAUUUUGAAGCCAGAAGAAAUCUGCCUGUUGAGAAAAAUAAAGAUGACAUUAAUGGUGGAACUUGCAAGAAGAUAUUUGCUGAUGUGAUGUGUCCUUCAUGCAAACAACUUCUCUUUCGACCUGCAGUUCUUAAUUGUGGCCAUGUGAUUUGUGAAUCUUGUAUAGCUAUCGAUGUGGAUGAAACACUUAGGUGCCAAAUUUGUCAAAGUCUGCAUCCAAAUGGAUGUCCAAAAGUAUGUUUGGAGCUUCAUAAUUUUUUAGAGAAACAAUUCAAUGUGGAGUAUGCACUAAGAAGAGAGGCAGUCCAGGACAAACAAGUCCAUUGUCAAAGUGGGAUUCCAUCAACUAGUGAAAGAGAAGCUUGGCCAUCUAAAAUAGACAAGAACUUCUCAUGGUUGGCUGAGUACGGGCCAAAAUUUCAUCUUGGAGUUGGUUGUGAUUCUUGUGGGGUUCUUCCUAUAAUUGGAGACAGAUAUAGAUGCAAAGAUUGUGUGGAGAAAAUAGGUUUUGACUUGUGUGGAGACUGUUACAAUACAAGUUCCAAGCGUCCAGGCCAAUUCAACCAGCAGCACAAACCAGAACACAAGUUUGAACGCAUUAGGUUAAAUUACAGGCUAGAAACUGAACAGUCAGAUGAUGGUUCUGUUGUUCCUGUUCUCUCCAUACAUGCUUCAGAGGAAAGUGAGAAUGCUUCAAAUGCUCCCAAUGAUAAUGCCCCAGAAGUUACAGAUAAUGCUACACGUGUUACUGUAGAUGAUUCUACUGAGGAUCCAGAAGGCACAGGUUCCACCAUCUGAAAUUGUAGCCGUUCUCCUUUCUCCUCGCCAAUCCUAUUGGUGGAAAAGCGGGAUGGCACUUGGAGAUUUUGUGUUGACUACAGAGAACUCAAUAACCGGACUGUCAAGGAUAAAUUCCUUAUUCCCAUUGUGGACGAGUUGUUGGAUGAACUUCAUGGUGCUCAGUAUUUCUCUAAACUAGACCUAAGGUCGGGAUACUUUCAGGUCCAAAUGGCUUCCGAAGACGUUGAGAAGACUGCCUUCAGAACUCAUCAUGGCCACUUUGAGUUUUUAGUUAUGUCGUUCGGUCUCACAAACACCCCAUCCACAUUCCAGUCCUUGAUAAAUGAGGUAUUUCAGUCCCACCUUCGCAAAUUUGUUUUAGUGUUCUUUGACGACAUUUUAGUCUACAGUAAAACUUGGAUAGAACAUGUGCAUCAUCUGAGGAUUGUUUUUGAGCUCCUGUGCCAACACAAACUCUUCCUUAAACGGUCCAAGUGCUCCUUUGGGGAGCGCCAGGUUCUUUACUUGGGUUAUGUCAUUAACGGGCAAGGUGUAACGGUGGACAGUUCCAAAAUUCAAGCAAUCAAGGAAUGGCCCAGGCCCAAAUCCGCCAAGGCCCUCCGCGGUUUCCUCGGUUUGACGGGAUAUUACCGCAAAUUUGUACAAAAUUAUGGCUUGCCGGCUGCCCCAUUAACUAACCUACUGAAGAAGAAUGCCUUUCAUUGGGACGAUGCAGCCGAUGCGGCUUUUGCAAGUUUAAGGGAUGCCCUCUCCACCACUCUAGUUCUGCAAUUACCGAAUUUUGAUCUCGAGUUUAUAGUUGAGUGCGAUGCAUCCGGCAUAGGGACUGGUGCUGUACUACAACAACAAGAGCACCUGAUUGCCUUCUUCAGUCGUAAACUUGCUGAUCAUCAUUUAAAAUUGCCAGCCUAUGAGCACGAAUUGAUCGGGUUAGCUAGAGCAGUCCAACAAUGGCGUCCGUACUUAUGGGGAAGGUCAUUCGUCGUCAAAACUGAUCACUAUAGCCUCAAGUACUUGUUAGAGCAGUGUCUUACCACUUCUCCCCAACAACAUUGGAUUAGCAAGCUGCUUGGGUUUGAUUUUCGGGUCGAUUACAAGGCAGGAUCUUUAAAUCGCGUCGUGGAUGCAUUGUCUAGGCGUGACGAGGACACCAUGCUUCUUUGGGGGAUUUCGCGACCCCGAGUCACCUUAUUAGACGACAUCAAGAAGGUGGUGCUACAAUCAACGGAGUGGACGACCCUUGUUCAGCAAAUUUAGACCGGAACUGUCGACCCCAAUUGGUCCCUUCAAGACGGGCUUGUGAUGUAUAAAGGUCGGGUGCAUCUUCCAGCCGAUUCUCCUCUAAUUCCCUCCAUCAUCUCCGGUAUUCAUAACUCCACCCAUGAAGGCAUUCAAAAGACACUGUAUCGCGUCCAAGCAGAUUUCCAUUGGCAAGGUAUGAAGGCUUCUAUUAGGGACUUUAUCCAAAAUUGCUCUACUUGUCAACAACACAAAUGGGAAAAUCUGCAUCCUGCUGGCCUUCUUCAGCCCCUUUCGAUCCCAGCACAGAUAUGGGCCGAUAUCUCCAUGGAUUUCAUAGAGGGACUACCCAAGGUUGGGGGAAAAUCGGUUCUUUACGUGGUGGUGGACCGCUUCUCUAAGUAUGCCCAUUUCAUUCCUCUGUCACAUCCGUACAGUGCUACUUCUGUCGCCCAUGUCUUUUUCACCCACAUUUUCCGUUUACACAGGUUACUGGAAUCGAUUGUCUGCGACAGGGACCCGGUUUUUACUAGUACCUUUUGGAGGGAAUUGUUUUGGUUACAUGGUACCACUUUAUCUCUUUCUUCCGCUUAUCAUCCUCAAUCAGAUGCUCAAACUGAGGUGGUGAACCAAACGAUCGAAAUGUAUCUUUGUUGUUUUGUUGGGGAUCAACCGCGAUGGUGGGUUGAUUGGCCUCCUUGCCUAGUACUGCUAUAACAUUGCCUAUCAUUCUUCCCUAGGAAUGACACCUUUCCGGGUCGUCUAUGGCCUUGAACCUCCUCGUUUGUUGUCCUAUUAACCUGGUUUUACUCGUUUAGAGGAGAUUGAUCGUUCCCUACAAGAGCGAGAUGCCCUUCUGGUUGAAGUUUCUCUUCGCUUAUAGCAGGCACAACUACGCAUGAAGCAUGCCUAUGACAAGCAUCAUUGGGAAUUGUCAUUUGAACCUGGGCAGUUUGUUUGGUUGAAGCUUCAGCCUUAUCGACAGCGCUCCUUCAGCUGCAGGGCUGCUCCUAAAUUAGCUCCUAAGUUUUAUGGACCUUUCAAGGUUUUACGGCGAAUUGGUACGGUUGCAUACCAGCUGGAACUGCCAGAGCACAGUAGGCUCCAUGAUGUCUUCCACAUUUCCUUGCUCAAGCCGUUUCUGGGUAUCCCUCCUGACAGUGUUCCCCCCUUACCGCCCUUGAAGGACGGCAAACUCAUUCCCCAACCUUGGACUAUUGUUCGCUCCAGAAUUAAUCGAGGUGUUCUUGAAGUCCUGGUGGAAUGGGCCAGCUUACCAUUGGCCGAAGCUACCUGGAUCCCUUUGACUGAGUUUCAAGACACAUUUCCUAGAUUCGAGCUUGAAGACAAGCUCUUAGUCCGGGAGGGGAGUAAUGUUAUGGACGCUUUUAUUGGGAAACAGUAUCGCCGCCGACAGAAGCAGUAAAGGGUGUUUUCAUCUUAUCUAAUUCAGUUCUCAUCUUAUCUAAUUCAGUGUUCUCAUCUUAGUGUUUUCAUCUUAUCUAAUUCAGUGUCUAUCUUAUCUGUUUUCAGUAGUAUAGAUCAGUAGGGAGUCUAUGGAUUAGUAGGGAGUCUUAUCUGUUAUUUGUUCUUAUCUAAAUUCAGUAGUAUAGAUCAGUAGGGAGUCCUCCUAAAAGUGGGAUUCUUAUCUUCUUGUAAUCUCCUAUUUAAAGGAGCUAAUGAUAUUCAAUAAAAGCAUCGAAUUUCUCAGUCAAGACAGAGUAGAGGAGAGUUGGUGAUCUCUUGGACAAUCACCAUUAAGGCGCCAAGAUAGGUACCUCAAGAAAAGGGAGGAACAAGGGGAAACAAGAGGUUUUCCCCGUUGACCGACCUGUGACGAGAUCCUAUUCGCGGGCCCUUAACAUAUUAUGAGAUGAUAGUUUUUACUGCACUUUUUAGUUUGAUAUAAGUGCAUUGAUGAUUGUUGGCGAUGGAGUGAAAGAAUGAAGCUGGAAAUUGUAGUCAUAUGGGUAAUUGGACGCAGAAAUGCCAUCACUUUAAUUAGCAACCUCAGCUUGUUUAAUUUUAUGAUAUUUAGAUGCACUCCCAACUGCCACAUGUCCCAUGUAUACAGUGAGUGACUCAGAGUCACAUAUUGCUUAAAAGUCAUUUACUUGCCCAAAAAAAAAAAAAAUCUUAAAACUCUUUCUUAGGGGAGUGGAUGAGAGGAUAAAAUGAUCAGAGCACUUUGGGGCUAGAAAAUACUUUUUUCUUGUUCCUUUAUAGUUGGGUACUCGGCCCAGUGUGCACAACUGGGCAUGCUUCGUUUCUGUGACCAUAGAAAAAGGAGCAAAUGUAAACAAAACAACAAACUUUCGUAGGAACAGACCUAUGAAAAGAUAAAAGAAACAAUAUUCCCUUGUCUUCUCUAGGCCAAUCAUUCGAAUACGGUGGUUUCCUCUCAUGGGUGUUACCUACUGUUCAUUCUCUGACCUGGGAAAAGGAUAUUGCCUCGAGGCUUUGUUUGGUCUCUAGCACACUGCUACUGUCCAGUCAGCUUCCUUGUUUCCACCAUCUUGAUUUGCUUUUGGCCUUUUCCAUCUCCUAGAAAAGGUUACGACUCCCCAUACACGCAAAUGUUGAUCAACAAGGAAAUGCAAUCGGCAGCAGUGUAUUGAGAGAGUCUGGUAGGAGAAAGUGACUUGAGGAGCAUAUUCCAAUUUUGCCAACACAUACACUGAAAAGUUCCACGAUUUUGAGCGUUCUUUUGGCUGGUUGGUUUAGCUUUCCUGGAUAAGUUCAUGUACAACUACAGGAAUGCGGAAGAAGCCAGCAGUGUGGCUGACUUUGCAUAAUUCAAUGGGUUUGUAUUUUGUAAAGAUAAUGCUAUGGAGAGUUAGACCAUCUGAUUUGAUAUAAUCUUGAUAGUUGAAAGAAAAAAAAAAUCUACUURCACUUACAGCAAUCUACAUAAAUAUCUUCAUGACUUCAUCUCACUUACAGUCAUUUAUAGACAUACAGUUUCAUUAGUAAGGAGGUUGUGAGCUCCUAAUGGCUGAAACUGAA